ACAAAAAAGGCGUUUUCGGAAGCGACUCGGCCGUGCACAAGGGCCAUUUGUUUGUUUUGGGACUUGGGGCAGGAAAUCUUGCCCGGCCUGAGUCACGGCGGCUCCUUCAAGGAAACGUCAGUAUUCGCCGGUUGCUCUCGCUUGCUGCGCCCCGCCGUCCGCUGCCCAUGGGGGAGAUGCAGGGCGCGCUGGCCAGGGCCCGGCUGGAGUCGCUGCUCCGGCCCCGCCACAAAAAGAGGGCCGAGGCGCAGAAAAGGAGCGAAUCUUUCCUGCUGAGCGGACUGGCUUUCAUGAAACAGAGGAGAAUGGGCCUGAACGACUUUAUUCAGAAGAUUGCCAAUAACUCCUAUGCGUGCAAACACCCUGAAGUUCAGUCCAUUUUGAAAAUCUCCCAACCUCAGGAGCCCGAGCUUAUGAAUGCCAACCCUUCUCCUCCACCAAGUCCUUCUCAGCAAAUCAACCUUGGUCCAUCAUCCAAUCCUCAUGCUAAACCAUCUGACUUUCACUUCCUGAAAGUAAUUGGGAAGGGCAGUUUUGGAAAGGUUCUUCUAGCAAGACACAAGGCAGAAGAAGCAUUUUAUGCAGUCAAAGUUUUGCAGAAGAAAGCAAUCCUGAAAAAGAAGGAGGAGAAGCAUAUUAUGUCGGAGCGGAAUGUUCUACUGAAGAAUGUGAAACACCCUUUCCUGGUGGGCCUUCACUUCUCUUUCCAGACUGCCGACAAACUGUACUUUGUCCUAGACUACAUUAAUGGAGGAGAGCUGUUCUACCAUCUCCAGAGGGAGCGCUGCUUCCUAGAACCACGGGCUCGCUUCUAUGCUGCUGAAAUAGCCAGUGCCUUGGGUUACCUGCACUCUCUGAACAUCGUUUAUAGAGACUUAAAACCAGAGAACAUUUUGCUAGAUUCACAGGGACACAUUGUCCUUACUGACUUUGGACUCUGCAAGGAAAACAUUGAACACAAUGGCACGACAUCCACCUUCUGUGGCACACCCGAGUAUCUUGCACCCGAGGUACUUCAUAAGCAGCCUUAUGACAGGACAGUGGAUUGGUGGUGCCUGGGGGCUGUUUUAUAUGAGAUGCUGUAUGGCCUGCCUCCUUUUUAUAGUCGAAACACAGCCGAGAUGUACGAUAACAUUCUGAACAAGCCCCUCCAGUUGAAACCAAAUAUUACAAAUUCUGCAAGACACCUCCUGGAGGGCCUCCUGCAGAAGGACAGGACUAAGAGGCUCGGUGCCAAGGACGACUUUAUGGAGAUUAAGAAUCACGUCUUCUUCUCCCUGAUUAACUGGGAUGAUCUCAUUAAUAAGAAGAUCACGCCUCCUUUUAACCCAAAUGUGAGUGGGCCCAGCGACCUGCGGCAUUUCGAUCCCGAGUUUACUGAAGAGCCUGUCCCCAACUCCAUUGGCAGGUCCCCUGACAGCAUCCUCAUCACAGCCAGUGUGAAGGAAGCUGCCGAGGCUUUCCUGGGCUUUUCAUAUGCACCUCCCAUGGACUCUUUCCUCUGAACAGUCUUAGGGGUGGUUUUGAAGGAUUUCAUGUGUGUUUUAAAUGUUUUAGUUAGCCUUUUGGCAGAGCUUACCAGCUGACAGGACAUCUUAAAAGAGAAUUUGCACAUCUCUGGAAGCUUGGCAAUCCUGUUGCACACUUUGCUGGAAGCUUUUCAAAGAGCACACCCUCCUCUCAGUGAGCUCGUGAGGUUUUCCUUUUUAUUCUUCCUUCCAAUGUGGUGCUAUCUCUGAAAUGAGCAUUAGAGUUCGCCCUAGACAGAUACAAUGGUCUCAUUAGGAGGAAGACACUGAGCUAAGAAGGAUCUUCUGUAGGUCUGUCUGGGCUGUGAUAAUGAAUAUUCUGAAAUGUGCCUUUUCUGCUGAGAUCGUGUUAGCUCCAAAGCUUUUCCUAUCGCAGAGUGUUUCAGUUCUUUAUUUUUCCUUGUGGAUAAUACUAUGUGAACAAUGGUAUGAGUGUGGUAUGCCUGAUCACAGAUGGAUUUUGUUAUAAGCAUCAAUGUGACACUUGCAGGACACUACAAUGUGGGACAUUGUUUGUUUCUUCCAUAUUUGGAAGAUAAAUUUAUGUGUAGACUGUUUUUUUUGUAAGAUAUUGUUAAUAACUAAAAUUUAUUGAAAUGGUCUUGCAAUGACUUGCAUCCAGAUGCUUAAAAGAAAGCAUUGCUGCUACAAAUAUUUCUAUUUUUAGAAAGGGUUUUUAUGGACCAAUGCCCCAGUUGUUGAAGCUGUUGGUGUUUUCAUUGUUUAAAAUGUCACCUGUAAAAUGGGCAUUAUUUAUGUGUUUUUUUUUUUUUUUUGGCAUUCCUGAUAAUUGUAUGUAUUGUAUAAAGAAGGUCUGUACAUUGGGUUAUAACACUAGUAUAUUUAAACUUACAGGCUUAUUUGUAAUGUAAACCACCAUUUUAAUGUACUGUAAUUAACAUGGUUAUAAUAUGUACAAUCCCUCCUUCCUACCACACAACUUUUUUUGUGUGCAAUGAACCAAUUUUGGUUUGCAAUAAAACCUUGAAAAAUAUUUA